AGUAGUGUAUAAUCGCAUUUCACCCUGUCAGCAAUACACCUUGUCCUCGAAAUGUCUAGCAACGCAGACGUUUUAGCUCUUCUUCAACGCCCAUUGGAGCCAACCUUCUAUCCGAAAGACAAUGGCAAAGUUGUGCUGGAAAUACCGGACGAGUACCUAACCGAUCGCUACCGCCCAAUUGGCGAUGAGCUCCAGAAGCGGUUCACCGACAACGUGGACAUUCGAAUCCCAGUGCGGAACGUUGGCACCCCGGACAUAUCGUUUGCGCAGGUGAUCGACCGCAGGGCUUCGUUUUCGCUGUUCAUCGAGAAACACCGCGAGAUUGCGUCGAAACUGAUCGAACUGUUCAUUCAACAACCGGAUAUUCCUUCGCUGAUCGGUGUGGCGUCGUACUGUCGGGAUAGAUUGAAUGUGUUUUUGUUCCAGUAUGCUCUAGCUGUGGCAGUACAACACCGACAGGAUACUAAUAGCGUUAACUUGCCAUCGAUUUUGGAGUUGUUCCCGGAUCAGUUUGUUGAUCCGGCUGUGUUUCCAAAAUUGCGCGAGGAAGGGAAGGUUGUUAGUCAAGCUAACAGAAUGGUGAUUGAAUUGCCACAAAACUUCACGGCUUCGGAUCGAGAGGACGAACAACGGCUCGCGUACUUCAGGGAGGAUAUUGGUGUCAACAUGCAUCACUGGCACUGGCAUUUGGUGUAUCCCACCUCAGGACCCAGAGAAAUAAUCGACAAAGAUCGCAGGGGUGAAUUGUUUUUCUACAUGCAUCAGCAGAUUAUCCAUCGUUACAAUGUGGAAAGGUUUUGUAAUCGGUUGGGCAAAGUGAGAAGUAUGCACAACUUUAGGGAACCCAUUCCGGAAGCGUACUUUCCCAAAAUGAUCAGAACUUCCAACAGCCGGCCGUACGCAUCGCGACCGAGAAAUUUUACCAUCAAGGACAUCGAUCGUGACGUCGAGGGAUUGAAGUUCACAAUUAACGAAAUGGAGCAAUGGAGGGACCGCAUCUACACUGCCAUCGAUGCUGGAUUUGUGGUUGAUGCAACUGGGAAAAACAUUCCCCUGGAUGAAAAAAAGGGAAUAGAUAUUCUAUCCAACAUUAUUGAAGCCUCCGACUUGUCGAUCAAUCCGAAACUUUAUGGAAAUCUGCACAUCUCAGGCCACAUCGCAUUGGCCUUCUGCCACGAUCCCGAUAAUCGUUAUCUGGAAGAAUACGGCAUCAUGGGAGACGUGGCGACCGCUCAACGGGAUCCAACCUUCUACAAAUGGCACUCGUUCAUCGAUGAUGUUUUGGUCCGCCACAAGGAUACCUUUGAUCCGUACACUGCUAAGGAUCUGUCCCUCCCAGGAGUUAGUAUUUCCAGCCUAAGUGUGUCACUGAACCGACCGAAAGCCCCACCAAAUGUCUUAUUGACGUACUGGCAGCGAGCUCAAGUUGAUCUAGCAUCUGGUUUGGACUUCGGACCCGAUGGAAGUGUGUUCGCUUCCUUCACUCACCUACAGCACGCUCCAUUUGCAUACAACUUUGAGGUGAUCAACUCAAACAGCGCUCCAGUUCGUGGAACUGCUCGUAUUUUUAUAGCUCCGAAAACGGACGACCGUAAUACGCCUUUGAAAUACAGCGAGUGGAGAGGCUACGUCCUGGAGAUGGAUAAGUUCGUGGUUAUGUUAAACCCAGGAUCCAAUCGAAUCACUCGUCGAUCUGAUCAAUCGAGUGUAACUGUAGCUUUCGAUCGCACCUUCAGACAAAUCAAAACCGAUAAGGAUCUUCCGGAUAAAACUGAAUUGGAGAAAUUCCGCUUCUGUGGCUGCGGAUGGCCGGACCAUAUGUUGCUCCCCAAAGGCACACCAGAAGGCAUGCGUUUCGAUCUAUUUGUCAUGAUUUCCAACUAUGCCGAUGAGGACAUUGGACAAAACAUUGAUAUGACGAGCCCUGCCCGAUGUGACGAUUCGCACUCAUUCUGCGGUCUGCGGGAUCAGAAAUACCCGGACGGCCGCUCGAUGGGAUUCCCCUUUGACCGGAAAUCGCCAAGUUCGGUACAAACUGUGCAAGACUAUGUCGCUCCGUACCCGAACAUGCGGACCACUGAUAUGACAAUCAAAUUUACCAAUACGGUCAUUGCAAGGACGUGAUCCGUUUUUUUUUCACGGUCUAGCAGCGAUGCAACGCUAGUAGCAAUCUAACGUGCACAAAAUCUUUUUCUUUGUAUUCACUAAUUAGAAAACUCAAGCGAUAGAAAUUGUUCUUAAUGCAGAUGCUUUGAAUAAAAUAUUGUUUCCUCUUGCGCAAGACCGACAUCAAAGAGAA